AAUAUCAAGAGCAAAGAAAUUAUUUGUACGAUAGGAAGUGUCAGUCAGUUCUCUGUUACUCGUCAAGGUGUGUUGAGCGUCUUCGUCUGGUCCAUCGAUGGGUCAGGUAUUGGCCACUGUUCAGGACAAAUUCCAAGGUAAGCAGUGGCGGCAACGUCAACUGAGAAAAAUAACAGAUAAGGUUUUUGAUCAUUUUAAGGCAGAUACUGGGAAGGAGCAUUUAGUUUUUGAGGAUCUUUACAUUGCAAUCUUAUUAGUAUAUAAUGAUAUCAAUAAGCACAUACCUGGGCCUCAUAAUGAUCCUCCCUCUAAAGCAGAGGCAAAAGUUAUGAUGGAGACCUUCGACUUUAAUCAAGAUGGGGUGCUCGAUCGUGAAGAAUUCUAUGACUUCAUACAAAAAUUAACCUCGGAUACGCUAACCCUGGUUAGUCGUAACCUAAUCAUUGCCCUUGUGGUGGCCCCUGCCAUGGCUCUUAUGACCAAGAGAGCAACAGAGGGGGUGCCAGGGGUGGGUAAGGUGGUGCAGAAGAUGCCCAACGCCAUUUAUGCAUCUCUUAUAACCCUUGGGGUUGUUUUGGUUCAAAAUAUGAGUGACGCUAGUGAUUAAUCAACCUGGUUCGUUGGGUGGAGAUUCCCUUGUUGUCCUAUAUGUUGUUUCGUUUAAAGAAAAGACCGGUUUUCUUUAGAAGUUUGUGUAGAAAGAGAACAUUGAUUAUAUUCUUGUGUUAUAUAUGCUUUUGGUGUCUGGCUCCAAAGUCAAUAAAGUAGUACUUGUUUUAA